AUGGAGCCUCAGCAGACCGCGGGAGCCGCCGCGCCCCGCCGCUGUCACCUCGCCUGUCGCGCGUGGAGCGGGUUGAAGCAGGAAAAGCUCUCGAACUGGAUGAUUCAGGAGAAUUUGCCUUUCCUUCAACUCGACAAGAAGCAUCAGGCGGCCUGGGCAUUCAUCGACUUCGCCUCGAAGGAACAAGAAGACGCCUUCACCCAGAGGCUGGCAAGCGUCGCGUUCAAAGGUGAGAUGAUUCACAUCCAUCCCGCUCUCCCGCGGCCUUCGGCUCGGCCGGGCGCGUUCCUCGCGCCGGCGGAGACAGUCCCCACGGCGGCGGGGACCGCAGCCGGCGCCGCCGGCUCGCCCGCCGGGGGCGCCAGGGGGCGCGGCGGCUGGAAGCGCGGCGGGGCGCGAGGCGACGGGUCAGACGAAGACGACGACGAGGGAGAGGGGCGGUACCAGACGAAGCGCAGAAGACGCGGAGCGAGAGGACGAUCUGCUGCGCGCGUUCAACAAGACGAGGCCGUGGCGCAGGCAGUCGGGACCCCCGGGGGCGGGGCGGAGUCUGCGCCUUCAGGGCAUGUAGACGAGCCGCACGAGUGCGGCUGGAAGCCGGGGAGCCCGAAGCAGCCGCUGCCGUCGCUGUUUGACAUUCAGAAGAAGAAACACGCGACGCGCUUCGCCUCAGGGGUGCACUGGUCUGGAGGCGAAGAUCUAGACGACGACGAGGGCGCCGAGGGCGUGGUGCAGAGGACAGCCCCUCUGAUGCGGUUCUCCUACCCCGACCAACUCGAGAUGAAGCGAAAAUAUUUACGCACCAACAUUCGCCAGCUGACGAAGGCCGUGUACGCCGCGGCGGCCGAGGUGGGCUACGCAGGGCUGCCGCCGGUGCACGCCGCGCGCGAGUUGUCUUUCUCGCUCGACACCGAGGAGACAGCUGAAGACGCGAAGGAGAACGACCGCACAGAGACUCCCGCGGAGACCGGCGCGGCGCCGCCGGCGGAGACAGGAGACGCAGAAGACAAGAAGAUUGGAGAGACGGAGAAGGGCGCGCCGCUGCCGUGGUUCCAUCCGCAUGUCGCGAGACGUUGGGACGGGUGUCCGGUUCUGCCGACAGUCGCCUCGCCGCCGGAGGGUCGCCUGGGCUACCGCAACAAAUGCGAGUUCACAAUUGGCUACACGCACGAAGUCGCGGACGUGUACGACGAGAAGCUGCAUCAGCUGAUUCGCGUGCUCGAGGAGCGGAAGCGAACGCAAGCGUCUCAGCCGCGAGUCGAGUUCUGCGACGCCGACGACGACGCGCCCGCUUGCACAGUCCUGCAGCAUCGGCCGCGGCAUUGCCUCAUCUCCGUUCCUUCGCAUUUGUCUGGCGCCGGCGCCGCCGCCAAGAAGGAGCAGGAGGGCAGCGACCGCCGCGGCGCCCGCGGAGGAGGCGCGAGCGAGACGCCCGUGGGUCGGUGGCGACUCUCUGAAGAAGACUACCAGAAGUACGUCGAAAACCGCGCGCGCGUCUGCGUCGGAUUCGUCAAGCGCGUGCGCGAGCAGCAGCCGCUCGUCGCGCCCGCCUCUGGAAGUCUUCUCGUGAGCCACGCCAUGCAAGAAGUCUGCCAUGAACUCCAGGCCAUCAUCCAUCGAUCGCCCUUCCCGGUGUACAACCGCCGAACGCAGAGAGGCGUUUGGCGUCUACUCAUGGUUCGCUCGUCUGGGCGCUACAGAGAGCUUUUAAUUCUCGUGCAGGUGAAGUCUUUCUCCUCUCCAAACAACCGCCACCUCCGCUGUGGCCUCGCCUGUGCGCGCGCCGCGCUGGAGGGGCGACAAGCAGCGGAGAAGAUCGCGAGCUGCGAGGCAGCGCAUACUUUCCCCCCGCCCGCGGAGUGUGCGCCAGGCGCGACACGCAACAAGGGGGGCGCCGCCGACUGCGGCGGCCGCGAGGCGAGACAGAACGGCGAGGAGACCGCGAAGGCGACCCGUGUCUCGUCCUGCAACGGCGCCUGCUGCAGACAGGCGUGUAUCGAGGCGCUCAUCGAAGGCCUCGCGAAUAAGGACUUCGACGGGUAUACGGUUCGCUCUAUCUUCCUCCAAGAAAGCGACGCCGCCUCAGACUGCAUUGACCCCGGGCACCGCACGGAGAAGAUCUGGGGCAAGGCGUUCAUCCAGCAGAGCCUCCUCGGCCUCGACUUCCGCGUUGGGCCUCUCUCCUUCUUCCAGACGAAUAUACUCACCUGCGAGCUGCUGUAUCAGACAGCGUUGGACUUCUUGCUGCCGCUCCCGCGCGGCACGCCGCUCGUUGACGUCUGCUCGGGCGCCGGCACAAUCACACUCUGCGCCGCUGCAGCCGUUGCGCGUCUCGAGGCGAAGGAAGAAGAGAAAGGGAAAAGCCAAGAGCCGACUGCGAACUGCCGCGUCCCCGCCGCCGGCGCAGCAGACGCGGAGAAAGACGCCGCAAAAGACGUAAAGAAAGAAAACGUAGAAAAGACAGAGAUGGGAGGAGAGGGCGAAAGAGAGGGAGAGGAGAAGGGCGGAAGCAGAGAAUCGCUGCCUCGCGUUGUCGGGAUUGAGCUCGUCGAGGAGGCAGUGCGCCUUGCUGAGGAAAACGCUGCGACAAAUCACCUCUCAAAGGACGUGGACUUCAUCUGCGGGAAGGCAGAGGACGUUUUUCCGCGACUUCUUCAGGAACGCUACACGGGCUGCUCGGAGCUGGCCGCGAUCGUGGAUCCGCCGCGCGCUGGACUGCAUACGCGCGUCUUGGAGGCAAUCUUAGACUUCAAGCCGAUCAAACGGCUCGUCUACGUCUCGUGCAACGCCGCCUCCAUGGUGGCAAAUUGCGUCAAGCUGUGCACGCCGUCGCCGUCGAAUCGCGACCCGUUUGUGCCGAUGCGCGCGGUACCUGUGGACAUGUUUCCCCACACACUCCACUGCGAGGCCGUGCUGCUGCUUUGCCGCGCCUCAGACGUCGCGGCGUGUGCGGCGGAGCUUGCUGGCAAGACGCAUUCGCGCUUCAUUUCGCUGCCGCAGAGCGGCGCGACGCAUCUCGCAGAUGGGGACGGGGCGGGAGAGGCGGAGUCGCGUGGAGGCAGCACCAGGCGGCGACGCGCGAGCGCAACCGAGAGGAGCGACGACGCACGCGACGCACCGAACGAAGCCGCGCAGCGAGAAGUCGAGACCGAGGGCCUGCGACGGGGGACACGAGGCAGAAGAGGCCGCGGGGGGCGCAGCGAGCGCGGCGCCCGAGUCGCGAAGGCCCAACGAGGAGACGCUGCUGGAAGGAGCGGCGGUCAGGGCACAGCGGAGCCCGCAGCGUUGGCGCUUCCCCCGGAGGCGAGUAAUCCGCUGAUGCAAGGCUGA